GUUCAUAUGUCUCAGUCAAACGAUCUUUUUCAGACCAGUUCUCGCCGUCUGCUUAUUGAUCACAUGACUGUCUCCAUGGUAAGCCGAUGGCGUCAACGCUUAACGACCAACCAAACUGGAGGAGAGAGAGAGAAAAAACUUGUUGUUAUGAGAAAGAACCGAUAAUAUCCCAUCAGAGCGAGAUAUGAUUUCAAUAAUAAUUUUAUGUGCAAGCUGUGUGCUGUGAAGUCGUGCGCCACAGUGUCGUCUGCGUGUCAGGACUGUCACUGACGUUCACUGUCUCUCCAGCCUGCGUUUGUGACAUCGAUGGCAGGGAGUCACAAAAAAAUCCCUAUGCUUGUCAGCCAUGGAUCGAUUUCUGCAGCUAUAUGGACGUCCUCCUUGCCAGUUCUCCGAGUUCUGUACACUGAGGCUGCGGUGAGAAGCGAAAGAAACUGCAGCAGCAGCAGCAGCAGCAGCACACGCGCGGCACGCCGUUGACUGAAGUAGUGCAGACAGCCUUGCGGAGCGCGCCAACACGGCUGCUCGGGGAGGUGUGCUGCGACCAGAUUGCUCCGCACGAGCAGACGACACCCGCCUCUGCCGCGCCGCUCGAGCCUGCUGCUGUCUGGGGGCCCCUCGCGUGUUCAGAGCGUGCUAGCCGAACAACAGACUUAUUCGCUGAAAUUUUCACUGAAAACGAUUUCAGAAACUCUCAGGUUUGAUUUGUUCGAUUUUUUUCCCCCCAUUCGAUUGGCGACAUUGUCGUGAGUCGUGUUGUUCCCACGGAUUGUGAGAGAAGAGACAGCGGGGGAAAUUAAAAAAAAAAAAACAUGGAUCGAACGAGUCGGUGAACAGCGUUUACCUGGAUUGUUCGGCGUGUACAUGUGUAAGGGAGGAAGACAAUCUUCUCUGCUGCACAGAAAUGUUGCUGGUCGUGUGCGACCGGCGCGGCUGUGAGGAAGCAGGCGUCUGAACGUGGGACGUUCGCCGCGAACGUCGGAGAGCCGAGCAGAACGUGUGUUGCGAGCGGCAGGCAAGCUGGGAGUUCAAAGGUCGCCAGAUGCCAAACAUGGGAGGCACAGGCUUGGCGCUGAGCGGCAGAGGUACCUUCGCUUCAUUCACGAUCAUACUGAGUGCCCGAACACAGGACACGGGUAACCCUUGAGUACGGCGGAUGCGUGGCUCGUCUGCUGCUUUGCUGCUACUACAACCAAAGGUGUUCACACGGUAUGUAGGCGGUUUUCCAAUGGAGUGCUGUACAAUUCCUCCCCUUUCAUUCUAAGGCUUCUCUACAGGAUCUUUUGAUUGUCCUGUGUGCGUGUUUGGGUAUACUUAAUCUGCAAAUCAGAAACUUAACUCGACCUCAGUGUACUGAGCACAGAUACCGUUAACCACGGGAAGACUGGAGUAUUGAUCUUUGUUUCUUUUCAAGCAGCUGGGAGUGCGAUGUGAUUCGCAAACUUCUUCCACAGGUGAAAAUAAAAUUGUGUUUCGUAUUGAAGUGAUUAUUUUUAAAGAAAGAAAAUUUGAUUAUACCCCUUUCAAGCGGAUUCUAACGAAGCAAGUGUGUGAAAGGAAAGGAUGCAUGAGAACAAAACCGGAUGUUUUGUGGUUCUCAAUCAGUCGACAUUGUGCAUGUGGAUUGUCUACCCUGCCAGUCAUGUACUGUAAACAGGAGCUAGACGUUAUUGCUGCGGCCAGGAACUGGCGGAGCUGAACCCACCGGGUACCGACAUCAUGUCGGAAGAAUCGAGCGGUCCAGCAGCAAGCCCACCCGUGGCAGCCGCUCCAGAGGUACGGGUAGUCGUGUGCACCGACAGCAGGCCCAACCGCAGAAGCGGGAGGAGCAAGUUUGAAGCCCCGCGCACUGCUCACCACGAAGGGGACAAAACCCAGGGGAAAAGAUUCGAGGAGAAAGGAUCGUCGGCGCGUGACGCUGAAGAUGUCAGCGACGACAAGGCCAACCAUCAUUGUGGUCGCCGACGAAUCAACUCGGUCGUCCAGAUGGAAGACGGUCGCGAUGAAGGGGACAAAGAGGACACCGAUGACCAGGAAGGCAACGACAGGUUCCAGCAACGAGUAACGACGUCUGGAGUAAACCAAGACGAGGCUGAUGGGGAGGAUCUGCCAUUCCCUGGCUUUGCCCCCAAGACCUUCAUGUUCUUCACCCAAAGAAACUGGUUACGGUUCUCGUGUCUUCGCCUCAUCACCUGGCCAUAUUUUGAACGCAUGAGCAUGGCUGUUAUACUGCUCAACUGCAUCACACUGGGGAUGUACCAGCCCUGCGUGGACGAGGUGUGCGACACGACCAGGUGCAAAGUUCUUGCUGGAUUCGAUCACUUUAUCUUUGCCUUCUUCACUGCUGAGAUGAUCAUCAAAAUGAUAGCCAUGGGAGUCUUUGGCAAGGACACCUACAUGGCGGACACAUGGAACCGGCUGGACUGUUUCAUUGUUGUCGCAGGUGUUGCAGAAUAUAUUUUAAACAAGUCUGUGGAGUAUGCAGUGGACACAGAAAAUCUCAGCAUCUCUGCAAUACGAACCAUUCGUGUGCUGAGGCCUUUGAGAGCAAUCAAUCGAAUUCCAAGUAUGCGAAUCCUGGUGAUGCUUCUCCUAGACACACUUCCUAUGCUGGGCAAUGUACUUCUUCUGUGUUUUUUUGUGUUCUUCAUCUUUGGCAUCAUUGGUGUACAGUUAUGGGCAGGCGUUUUAAGACACAGAUGUUUUCUAGAUCUGAAUGCAAGCUAUUCAAUUCCAGAAUCCAUGAAAGUGAACAGGUACUACCAGCCUCCUCUUGUGGAUUACAUUUGUAGCCAUCCUUCUGAUGGAGGAAUGCUCAAGUGUGAAAAUCUUCCAGAGUUUGAAUAUGAAGGAAUUCGGUGCAAUGGUACUGCACAAAUGUACACUAACAAUACGCCCACAAACGACUCCUGUGUAAACUGGAAUCAGUAUUAUACAAGCUGUAUACCAGAAGCCACAAACCCCUUUAAGGGUGCCGUUUCAUUUGACAAUAUUGGCCUAGCCUGGGUUGUCAUUUUUCAGGUGAUCAGCUUGGAGAGCUGGGUGAACAUUAUGUACUACAUACAGGAUGCCCAUUCUUUCUGGGAUUGGAUAUAUUUUGUGGCAUUAAUUGUGAUUGGUUCAUUUUUCAUGAUCAACUUGUGUCUUGUUGUGAUUGCCACCCAGUUCUCUGAAACCAAAAAGCGGGAGACAGAACGAAUGCUUCAAGAACGAAAGCGUUUUCAGUCAUGCAGUACAUUAGCCAGUAAUUCAGAACCUGGGGGCUGCUACUCAGAGUUGUUGAAGUUGUUGGUGCAGCUUUGGCGGCAAGCAAAGCGGAAAAUUAUUCGGGGCUACCGCAGGACUCGUGGCAAGAAGAGGCAAAAAAUUAACCCAGAGAAAUCUAUUUCGCUCCGCAGAAAACGGACUAAAAAGAAAGGUACCGUUCAGACCAUAUACAUACAUCCACCACCCCACCAGCAUUACCUCCACCAUCACCACCACCACCAUUACCAUCUUAACAUUGUCAGCCCCGAUAGGUACCCAUCUCGGGCAGACUCUUCUCCCACAGCCCCUCGCGCCAGUCCAGAGGCCUCGGAUGUGGACCCCAUCUCGUCACCUAGACGCCCAAACUUUCUCAUGCUGCCUGGCAACAGCUAUAGCCUGAACCCGUCGUCGGAAUCGCUCAACACUCUGGCGCUUGGGGCAGUGGAGGUGUUCAGUCCAGCCCUUUUCAAGUCCCAGCAGUCGACGCCCAACCACCUGGCAGCCUUAUUGCCCUUGACGCGGACUCCAUCAUUCAAUAGCAGUGUUACUGGUAGAGCCUUGGCCUCGCUGCCUGAAGUACUUGCGGCGCAUGGCGCCAAGAACGCGGCUCUUGCCGCCUCCAAUAUGCUUCUCAACUCUGACACUGAGCCCAAUAAGCUACAGUCUGUAGCUGAUAAAGGUCUAUUUGCAGACAACCUACUCAUGGACAUAGUUGCUGACAAACAGCUCAGUACACAGUUCUCAAUGCAGAGCGAGUGCGACACACACCUAAGCCAUUCUGAGCAUGAGGAAGAGAGUGAGAAAGAUCGCAAUGAAAGUGACUCUGAAGGGGAUGAAGAGGAAGAAAGGGAGAGCAGCCGUAUGAGAUCUCCAACUGUCAUGAAGCAGUUCCAGAUGCUUUUGAAGAAAUUUGUUGAGAGCAACAUCAUUCAUCGCAGUAUUCUGGUGGCCAUCCUUCUCAACACACUUAGCAUGGGAGUAGAGCAUCAUCUCCAGCCCGAUUGGCUAACAAAGACUCUUGAGUACAGCAAUGUGGUAUUCAGUGUCCUGUUUGCCACAGAAAUGGGAUUCAAAGUCAUGGCAUAUGGCCCAUUUGGCUACAUAAGUGAUGGAUUUAAUUUAUUUGAUGGAUUCAUUGUGAUUUUAAGUGUAGUGGAGUUGGCUCAAGGUGGGGCAAGUGGCUUGUCAGUUCUUCGAACAUUCCGACUUCUACGGAUCCUGAAGCUGGUUCGAUUUAUGCCAGCCUUGAGGCGCCAGCUAGUGGUCAUGCUCAGAACCAUGGACAACGUAGCCACUUUCUUUGCUCUGCUUGUGCUGUUCAUGUUUAUCUUCAGUAUCCUAGGCAUGAGUGUCUUUGGUGGUAGAUUUUGUGAGCAUCCCGAUGGGACAUCAUGCUCCUGCGAGGAACGAAGCAAUGCUACCAGUGAUUGUCUGUGUGAUCGAGCAAACUUUGACACACUCUUGUGGUCCCUAGUAACCGUCUUCCAGGUGCUGACUCAAGAGGACUGGAAUACUGUGCUAUACAACGGCAUGGCACACACUUCCAACUGGGCAUCUCUGUAUUUCAUUGCCCUUAUGACCUUUGGAAAUUAUGUGCUCUUCAACUUACUUGUAGCCAUUCUUGUGGAAGGUUUUUCUACUGAGGAUGAAGAAAAGAAGCGUGAGAAGCAGAAGGAACAGGAGGAGAUAGAAAAGCAAGAGAAGGAGAAGGAGCGGCUCAGAUUAGCAGAAAACAACAACAUCGAACUGCACAAAGACCAAGACAAGAUCUCAUCCUCUGAACCAGAUCUGAAAAACAAUAAAGAAAAAGAAAAGAAAAUGUUGGCUGUGCCUGCUCCAGUCUCAGUCACAGCAAUCAAGGAGAAUACUGUUCAGCCUUAUUCUGAAACUUUGGCAUCUGAUGGACCAGUCAAUCCACCAAUCAUUACUCAUACAGCAGCAACACCUAUGGGCACACCCAUGGCCACACCCCAAGGAUCACCUAAUGAGAGUGCUCUCAAGGACAGUAAUAAAUUGGCAGUUUCUGUGAAUCGAACUCUAAACCGCAGCUCCUUGUCGGUUGAAAGUGACAAAACUUCUACAAACUUGUAUCACCGAGGCUCACCACGACCUUCUCCACGUUUGCAUCGUUCAAGUAGCCGUGGCAGCCAGCGAAGUAUCACAUGGCGCCAGAAGAACACACGACGAAAUGGAGAUAAAACUAGUUUAGUUGUUGACAGCCUGUCUGACAGCGCUGAUGAUGCGGAUGAUGACGUUUUGUCAUCUAGUCAGAACUCUCAGUCAGGGACAUACAGUCCUGGAAUCCCACGCUCAGCUGGGGCUGGUAACACAAGCUGUGUCACAUAUUUCUUCAGCACUGACUGCAAUGGGCAUCCACCAUUGAACAACCAGAGGACUCUCAGUCCCCAAAAUUCUAUCAAAGGGCAGCGAGUCCUUACACCCAAAAACUCCAUUAAAAGCAACUAUAGCUGGAGUAGGAACAACUCUGUCAGCUCCAAUCGCAGUGUGUGCAAUUCCUUUGAGCUUAGCAGACAAAACUCAUUCACCAGCCAUCGAACUGUGAAUUCUCUUGGGAGUGGCACUUCCAAAGAUGACCACAAGCCAAAGAAUCUUCUGGACAUGCCAGAAAUAAAGCUGGCACUUGACCGUGGAGAAGAUGAUGAUGCUAAAGAGGAAGAUGAUCCUGAUGCUAUUGAUGAAACAGACUGGAACUGUUCUUGGUGCCCUGAACCAAAAGGCUGCUUUGCUCGACGUCAUGAAUAUUCAUUAUAUAUUCUACACCCUGAUCAUUGUUUACGCAGAUUAUGUCAUCAUCUGAUUUCCCGAAGAUGGUUUGACAAUUCUGUGUUGUUCUUCAUUGCUCUGAACUGUAUUACACUGGCUAUGGAGAGACCGAAUAUCCCCCCAGACAGCAUAGAGCGCGAGUUCCUGACAUAUGCCAACUAUGUCUUUACGGUCAUCUUUUCUUUUGAGAUGAUGAUAAAGGUGCUAUCCAAGGGCUUAUUGAUAGGAAAACAUGCUUACUUGAAAAGUGGCUGGAAUGUCAUGGAUGGUUUCCUGGUCAUUAUUUCUCUGGUUGAUGUUCUUAUUUCUAUCACAGCUGACAGCAGUCCUCGCAUUUUUGGUAUUCUGCGAGUUUUCAGACUUUUGAGGACUUUGCGUCCCCUCAGAGUAAUUAGCAGAGCUCCUGGCCUAAAGUUAGUUGUGCAGACAUUGUUGUCCUCAUUACGUCCCAUCGGCAACAUUGUUCUUAUAUGUUGCACCUUCUUUAUCAUCUUUGGCAUUUUAGGGGUCCAGCUCUUCAAGGGCACAUUUUACUACUGUAAGGGUCCCAACGUGCAGCAUGUCAUAAACAAAAGCCAGUGUCAGGCAGACAAACAGAAUGUUUGGACCAACCAUAAGUACAACUUUGACAACCUUGGAAUGGCCCUGAUGGCACUGUUUGUGUUGGCAUCCAAAGAUGGAUGGGUUCAAAUCAUGUAUACUGGUUUGGAUGCAGUAGGGAUAGACCAACAGCCACAGGAGAACUUCAGUGAAUGGCGAUUACUCUACUUCAUCUCUUUUCUACUACUAGUGGGAUUUUUUGUGCUGAACAUGUUUGUUGGGGUGGUCGUGGAAAAUUUCCACAAAUGCCGAGAGUCACAAGAAAAAGAGGAGCGUGCUAUGCGAGCUGCCAAAAGGCAGGAAAAGCUGGAGAAAAAGCGAAAGAGUGAGGACGCUAACCAUGAUUCUGAGCUGAGAGUGCCUCCCUACUGGUCAGUGUACUCAAGGCCACGCCUCCUUAUCCACACAAUAAUCAGCAGCAAAUACUUUGACUUAGCUAUUGCUGGUGUGAUUGGUCUCAAUGUCAUCACCAUGGCAAUGGAGUACUACAUGAUGCCACCUGAACUAGAGUUUGCCCUGAUGAUCUUCAACUACUUCUUCACCAGUGUCUUCAUACUUGAGGCUGCUAUGAAGAUUGUUGCUCUUGGUUUUUUUCGCUAUAUCAAAGACAGAUGGAAUCAGCUUGAUAUCAUGAUUGUGAUUUUGUCAAUUAUUGGCAUCAUCUUGGAGGAGAUGCGUACAAAUGUCAUUCCAAUCAACCCUACAAUCAUCAGAGUUAUGCGGGUCGUCCGCAUUGCCAGAGUUCUCAAGCUUUUGAAGAUGGCAAAAGGUAUCCGUGCUCUGCUGGAUACAGUUAUCCAGGCUCUUCCUCAAGUGGGCAAUCUGGGCCUGCUAUUCUUCCUUCUCUUCUUUAUUUUUGCUGCCCUUGGUGUUGAGCUGUUUGGACGCCUGGACUGCUCAGCUUUACAUCCGUGCGUCGGUCUUAGCCAACACGCCCACUUCAAGAACUUUGGAAUGGCAUUCUUGACGCUGUUCAGAGUUGCCACUGGUGACAACUGGAAUGGGAUCAUGAAGGACACACUGAGAGAAGACUGUGAUCGCUCAGAUAAUUGCCUGAACAACUGUUGCGUCAGCCCACUCAUCGCACCAGUCUACUUUGUUGUCUUUGUCCUCAUGGCUCAGUUUGUCCUCGUCAAUGUAGUUGUGGCUGUUCUCAUGAAGCACUUAGAGCCUUCAGUGUUUACAUGUGACUGGGAGACAUACAAGUAUAAAGAGCUGGACGACGAGGUGGAGGAAGAACUCAGGAAAGAGAUGGCUACAUUAGCGCUUGAUAAACAGCAAGAGAAUAUUGAGCUGAAGGAGGCACACCGUGUGAUGGACGAUGAUGGCACAAGUGCUCCAGGAGAGGAGAACUAUAGUAUUGAUAAGCUUGAGGAGGAUGCCACUGUUGACAGCAUUCCUAAAGUUGUAGCUGAUGACCUUGAUGAGAUGAGCCAGGGCACAGGUGAUGAUGAUACAGAUUGCCUGGCUGGCUCCAUUUCAAACCAGCCUCCAAGCUUCACAUUCAGUGUGCGCCCACCUAGUGAGGAGCAGUCUCACCACUCUGAAGACAACAGUAGUUUUUCUCCUGCUAGGAUUGCUAUCACCAUGGAGACUCUGUCAACUCCUAGCAACACAAUGCUUAGCCCAGGGAUGCUGACUCCUUCAUCUUUGAGUCAGACCUCCCUUAGUUCAGCUUCACUGGCUCCACCAAGCCCUGUUUCACCUAGUCUUUCAGAGCCUGGUAUUCGAAUCACCUCUCCACCACUGAGUCCAGUUCAGCACAGCCCAAAGCUGAUGCACCUCCGUGUGCAGGGCCAAUCAGGCAUGCGGCAUCCACUCCUCAAGCAGUACAGCAUGGAUAUGGGCUCAGACUCUCAGAUUCAUCAUGGAAGCGUUCCAAAUGUGUGGGAAAAGGUCAAGGAGGAAUCUGUCCCAAAACCUGAUCUUAAAAAGCCAAAGAACAUUCAAGGCAUUUCACAGUCACAGCCGUCUCUUGCCUUUCCAAAACCUGAUUCACUGGAAAGUGAACCUGACCGAAAGACACCCCGUCAAAGGCUAAAGCAGCGUUUGUUACGCAGCAAGAGCAGUGGAGCAAAAUACAGUCGCUUCAGGGACAAGUACAAACAUGAAAAAUGUGGGGAAGCUGCCCAGCCAAUGAUGGACAAGAACAUAGCUCGAUCAAAAGAAAAGCUUCGCAACAGUCAGUGUGGGAGUGGAGAGACUGGUUCAGAUCUUGAAGAUUCUCUAAUCAGUAACUGGGCUGAUGAGGAAGCUGCAUGUGAUGAAGAAGUCAAGAUGAUAACUGGAGAGGCUGGUGAUGAAGAGGAUGACAUCAAACCCACACUUGGGGCAUGCAUAUCCAGUGACCUUGAGGAUCGAACCAAUACUUCCUUUUCCCUUUCCAACGUUGUUGACUCACUCAACUCUUCUCUUGAUUAUGAUCUUUUAAGUCAUUCCAAUGCCCAUCCUGCAGGAGAAAUGACAAAUAACCACACUUGCCAUGAAGCUCCAAGGUCGUCUGUGUCCCGAUCUCGAGGUCCAACUCCACGAGGAGGAAGUUUGCGCAAGAAGGCGAGGAAGCAUCUGACUGACCCUGGCAUCGAUAAUUCCAGUUUUGAACUUGGUGAAGAUGUCCAGACUCCAACAUGUGACUCAGCAGGCAGUGGUUCUCAUCGAAUGGCAAGUAACAACACUGCUACACCGGUACUGGCAGCAAGCACAAGCAGGACUGGAGCUUCACCACAUUUUGUGUAUCCAUCAGGGCCAUGUGGCACCUAUCCCAGUCCCAGCCUGCCACAGCAGUUGUUGACUGCAGCAACCGGUGGCAUGCAUGGCUCCCCACCUCUUGCUUUGCAGUCCUUUCAGGCCUCUAUCACCCCUUCCCCUAUUUCUGGGAUGCUCCAACAACAGCCCCGCAGUCUUGGACUUAGUGGUGGAGUUCUCCUGAGUCCAAGGUCCAUUCCUGGUGUCUCACAAGAACGACUGACAACAUCUUCAUCUUCGCCACCUCAUCAUGCAUAUUCCACAUCGCCCAAUCCUGCCAGUCCACACCAACACCGUCUGUCCAUGGAUUGUAACAGCAGUUCUCUGUCAGCCUCAUCUCCUUCCUAUCCACUGUUAUCGGCUUCACCAGCUGCGCAGCUGCCCUCUCAUCAUCAUCAACCUCACAGUUUCACAGGUCCAUUAGAAGCAGCUUCAUCUUCACUCUUGCUUCCUUUGCCCACAUCAUCAACGUCUGCACAGCCUUUGAUAAACUUAAACAUGGGAAGCAGCCUUCAACCCUUGCAUUCAAGGGAGGGUUUGCUGCCCCUAGUUGUGACACAUCCCCUGCAGACAUCACCCAUUCCUGCUGCCUCUCCCAAUUCUGGACCGCUUCCCUCCAUGCAGACAUCAUCCUUUUCUGGAAGUGGUGCCAGCACGGACAACCCCAUAAACCAACAUCGAACCUUGCCUAACUGCCAGUUGACGGAUCCAGAUGUAUCAGACAGUUCAGGCCAUCUUUGAUAACGCACACAUUUUCUUUCUUUCUUCUUGUUCAGUUUGGCAUCAGACAUGCUGCCUGAAUGAAUGUUGAGCUGAGAGGUGCAGACAGUAGCAUCUGUUGAAGAUGAGUCACUUCCAGCAAAACCUCACAGUAACUGUGCUUGAAACUAGAGUCUGGAACUGAAUCUUGACCUAGGUCUUUGUAACAGUCAUGUCAUGUCAUUGCCAUGUCAGUCAUCUAGCUGCAGUGUGCCCUGACAGGCACAUAGGAAGGUGUUAUGUGUCUAAUUCAUAGAAAGCACCGAGUAUCAAACUUCCAAGACAAUAAACUACUUGCACAUUGAUUGUCAAGAAGAGCGCCAACCAAAGGGUGCAGUUUUACAGUAUGUAAUCCUAGACAGAAAUCCUUUGGGGGGACAAAGAGUGGUGAUGGUUACUGGUAUGCAGCAGUUUUUUUAUGUGUUUGCCAUUCUCUGUUACAGUCCAGCGAAUGUGAUUGUAUCUGAUGCAUGUCACACAAAGAAUGCAAGGGGGUACACAAAGGGGAGGGGGUUGGGGCUUCACAUUGGAGGCCAAAAUUCUGUCUUUCAUGGUGUGAAAGCAGUGAACUGUGGCAUAAAUGUUUCAAUGCAAACACUUGUCGGUGUUUUGAAACAGUUACUGCAAUACACAUUUAGAUGAUGUGCAUUUGUCAGUGUUCUACUGAAUGUGACCAUUUUUGAGCUUGAAUGGUUGCAAAGCUGCAUGAGACAAAAUGACAAACUGUUACUUUGUUCACCCAUCAUCCUGUUGAUAAAGCAAUGUUUUGAGUACUCCCUGACCACUGCACUUCUUUGCCAAAAGCAACAUCGUAUUUGUCCAUAUACCUUCAUGCAUGUGUAUAACUAUGUGCUUGUGAGCGUGUGUGUGUGUGUGUGCACAUAGAGGGGUAGGAGCAGACAGACUGACGACUGUGCACAUGCAUGUGGGAAUAUGUGAGGUUUUAGUUUUUUUUUUCUUCUCUGCCUGUGGAAGGUUGAAUUUUGCAUAUGGGUGACGAUUUUGCUUCUCAUUCUUGUAGAUAUUUUGAUGGCAUUUUACGUGCUGAGAUGGUCAUUUCAUCCCUGUCACUCCAAUUUAUCAUGCACAAUAAAGACUAAUUAGAGAAAUUUUGAUGAUAUUUGUAAUGUUAAUUGUGAACAGCAGAAGCACUAAAUGUACACAACAACAAUCUGUUGUUUGCAUAUUGUGUAACCUAGUGUGUACAACUAUUUAUUUUUCUUGUUGUUCAGCCCAUGCUGUGAAAUGACAAAAGCAGCUCAUAUCCUGUCAUCAGUUCAUAUUCAGUGCAAAAAAGAACUGGUUGAGAAAAUAGCAAGGUGAUAGCAUAUUCAUAUAGGUAAUUUUUUGGAAACAGGCCAAGUUCAUAAGCUAUCAGCAGUAUUUAUUAAAGACAUUCAGAAAUGCUUUUGCUCAAAAUUAUAGAUGCAUCAUAAACAGCUAGAAAGCAGUCUUGAUAUUGUGUUCUUUAUUCUGUAAGAAUAAAUCCAAGCAUUUCUUGCCAAACUAUUGUAGCUCUAGUGUUAAUGUGACUUUAUCAAUGAUGCAUAAACACAGAAUCCUGCAUAGAAGUGCAAUAGACAAUUUCGGAUUCCACAAUCAUUUGUAGAAUGCUACUCCACAUUAAAAUGAUUGAAUAAGUGAAAAUAAACAGCAUCCACAAUCUAUUGCCGAUAUUUUGACGAGACUAACAAGAAUCAUAAUGUCCUGCAAUUAUGAAACAAAAGACACUAAAAGAAAUUGCUUUGUCUUGUGCCAGCAUGUAAUAUUAUGUAACAUAUUUGGGUUCACUGCAUGAAUGCAGUGCAUAGCUAGAUUCUGAACUGAUCUCCAUGAAAUAAAAACAAAAUGCAUCACUUGCUUGACGAUGGCAGAAAACGCCAGAAAGAAAGAAGUUUGUAAAAGGGCUUGCACUAAGUUUGUCAAGAAAGUGUUUAGAUAAAAAUGUUAGUGUUUUAUGAAAUUAUCUGUACUAAACAAAGGGUUUUAUAAAAUCAUUUGCACAAAAUAAACAUAAAAAGGAAUUUUUACAGUUUGACAAAUCUGUCUAAUUAUAAAACAGUGUCUGUUUUUCAUCAGACUGUACAGGAAUGCAAUUUCAUUUUUUUGUGUGCAUGAAUUUUCAGUCCAUUUAGUUGUAAUAUUUUCUGUCAAAAGCCUGAUUUUUCACUGGCUGAGAAAAUAAAUAGAGGUGAUCGCAAGUGUGACAUUUUUGUAUGUUUCCCUCUGCCUGAAGUUCAAAACCUAAAAUUUUAAUGAACUUUGGAAAAGACAUUUAAGACAUUAAACAUUUUAAUGUUGGAUUUUUGUUAAAAUAGCCUUUUUGUUAGAACAUGAGACUUUUUCUGUGAUUCUUCUUAUAUUGCAACUAAGCAUUUUCAUACUACCUGCUGACAUGCAGACGAAAAGGUGGGGGAAGGAGAAGGUAUGGGAUGUUUUGUGCAGUUUAUGGAUUGUAUUAUUAAUGGUUUUAAAGGCAUUACAGAUUUUGUGAGACUAUGUUCUCCGGUAUUAUGAUAGUUUGCAAAAAUGGGCUUACUAUAAACUUUGAUAUUUAUAACCUUUUAAUACCAUCAGUUGCUGUGUAAUUUAUCCUGCAAAGCUCCAUAAAUAUUAUAGCUGUGAUGGUCUUCUUUUUAAUGGACAGUUUUCUAUCCACAAAAGAUUGGCCUAAAACUAGGGGAGAAAACUUGUGCCUACAAUGACACUUCACGGAGCCUGUACUGAUCAGAACUUGUGCAAGAGUACAGUCUCUUAUAAGAUGUCUGCCUAUUUAUCUUGGAACAUAAAUGGUCGCUUACUUCCAUCUGUGAAUGACUGAAAAGAAUUUGAAGCAAUUCUUUGCAGAACGUUGUGUUGCAUUGUUAUUUUUUUGCAUAUUUAUUCCUAUUGCCAUGCUGUUUAGUGAACACUGAUUUCAUACCAUACUUCGCAGUCCCUUUUGUUCAUGUUUAUGUUUGAUCAUUUGUUUUCUAAUGAAAGUAUUAUUAUUGUUGUUCCUCUCUCUAUGAUCGAGUUUAAUGUUAAAGAUUAUCAUAAAUCUGCUUCUGUUACAUAACUGCUUGCUUCCAUUGUUUCAACCACUUCUAUUGCACAUUUCAUCUUCCCCCAAGUUCUCCCAAGCAGUCUACUGCUUCUCCUUUAUAGCUUUUUUCAUCUUCUCUUUCCGACCACCACUACAACUGCUGCUGUUACUAUUACCAGCACUUAUUGUUGCUAUUAUAACUAUUGUUGUUAAUGAGACUUGUUUUCCUGUCUCCUCCACCUUUUCCUGUUCUUCCCCAACCCCUAUUUAAUAUCAAAGACCCUGUGUGAUUUUGUUUGAAUAGUGCAAUUAAGUGAGCUGUUGAUGUUGGUUCCCCCACUUUUUAUGUCAUAAUGCUAGAGCGCUGGCCGCAACAAAGCACCUAAUGAAAUACUGUGGAACCCAUCUUGAUUCACCUUAUACCGGCGCCUUGUUGAGCGGACAGCGACUUGAAAGAGUGAACUUGAGCAGUGUUGUUUGUCUUUAUGAAAGGAAUGUGUUUGCAGUGUUGUUCAAAUACUUUUCUUGCUGAGCUGUUUGUUCUCCUUCACACACAAUCAGGUCUAGACCAUCCCCGUCCACUCUGAAGAGCCUGCAGGACAGAAGACUGUAAAUGUACAAAUUGUUGUUGAUCUUAUGUGAUUCCCUGCAGUGGGUUAGGGCAAGUAGACAAGCUGUGGUAGCCCAGUUGAGAUGUUGCUACCUAGUCUUUUUUGUCAUCAAUAUGACCUGUUGUUAGUAUUUAAAAUAGAUGCAUGAAUUGCAGCGAAUUUUGUGAUUGUAAUCUGUACAGGUCCAUGUGUUGUACUGAUAGUUAUUUGUAGAUGGGUUCCACAGUAAGUAAAAUAUAAAUGCACGUUUAUUACCUAGCCCGCACCCCACCCUGCCCAUCUCACUGACCAAGGACCAGCAGACUUUUUCUGGUCUUUGCCUCUGAUACCAUGGUCAGUUACUAACGAAUGCUUGAACCACUUGCACAUGAAACAACCCCCCAAUCCCCUCCCGUUGUUUACCUUCCUUAAGCACCUGUACCAUAAUGUGUACAGCUGUAUGUAAGACCUAGCAUUGUUGUGAUGUUCCCCACUUGCCCCCUAAACUUUGCUGCAUACUCUCCCUCCAAGGCACUGUACGCACUUCUGUUCAUUUCUCUUCACUCACCCAGAUGCCUUUCCAGUCAAGAGUUUGUCCUUAUGCAUCUGUGAAUAAUUCUGUACAUAUUGCGAUGUUAAAAUAUGCCAAAAUGGUGAUUUUAAUUGCACGCAUUUCACGAUCAUGUGACCCUCCCAUCAUUACACUGCUCGAUGUCUGCCACCACCCGACCUCACUGACUCUUUCCUCCCUCCACCCCGUGUUUGAUCUUUGUUUUAAGCAAGAUCGACUUUUUAGUGGGGGCAUCAGCGAAACUUGUACAAUAAAUUUCACAAGUAGUGAAAAUGCUUCUUGAAAUUUUAGCUCUUCAGGUGUUCAGUCUUUGGUGAAGGUCAGCUUUAUAUAAGAUCUCUGUUCAGCUUUCAGUGAUGACCAACGUUGCAGAACAGGCAUCUUUUACUUCCUUCCCUUUCUUUCUCUCAUCUCAUAUUUGUUAUGUCUUCCGGAACAUAACUAUGUCAGGCUAAGAGGAAAAAAAUUUUCAUUUGUUAACUGAACACCAGUCAUCCCCUACCUGCAUGGUUAUUUGGAGGUGACAUAUCAGUAACAUGUGCUUGAUACAGUUCAGGGGAUACCAAUGCAUUUUGCAAAACUGAUUAAUUGGUGUAGUUUGAAAUAAUAUUAUGGCGUUGGUCAUCCAAAAUGUCAACAUUACAAUGGGCAAAAAAGUGGUUCAUUGUCUGACCAGUUCGCAUUCUUUGCAGUGAGACCGUGGGAGAGACUGACUUUGUCUGAUGGGUUAUCGUCAGCAGAGAACAGUCUAAUGAUAAGUAGAACGAAUGUGACGUUUGAAGAAUGUCAUUCUCAGAAGUUCUACAGCAGGCGACAGGUGUAGCUCAGGAGCACCUUGAAAUGUGCCUCGCAUUUUCCCCCCACGUCUAUAAGUAGUGCAGUGGGACAUUCAGUGUCUUUUCACGUGCAACCUUAUCGUGUCUUGUACACCAGAACAUUCACUGGUGUGUGACAGGAAAACAGAAAGAAGCACACAGUCAUAUUUUGAUCCCUUCCACAACAAAGGUAACCCCAUCCCAGUCGUCCCUGUCCUCCACGGGGGGUGAAUAGGAAUAAGAAGAAGCCCCAUCCCCUUCCCCUUGUUAGCCUCUUCCCUUUUGUCCCUGUUGGACUUGGGUGAUUCACACAAAGUGCAAUAUCGCUGCUCUACGCCUCUUCCGGGGGCGACAAGGCAGUGCAGCGUGGGAUGCUUGAGACUUUUCGAGGUAUUCCACAGAUGACGAGGGCUUAAAGACCUGAACUUGUUUGCCUCGUGAUCCGCCCCCUACAACCGCGUGCAAUAUGGCUGGUAAUUCUAGUUCCAGUCCAGUUUGUCUGUUGAAUUUAUUUAUAUUUAUGUGGCCACAUGCCUCCAGUUUGAACUAUCUCUAUGGAUGCUGUACAAGUCUACAUCUACGGAAGUCCAUGAUGGCGUGUUUAGUAACUUGGAAUAAACUACAAAGAAUGACAGAAAGGGGAUAAAAUCAGAUUAUUGUCUGUGACUCUUGUAGUACCGAGGAGUUACAGCUGUGCACCCUGUUUGGGUCUGUAAGUGUUCAUUUUAAAAAAAGACAUACUGUUUAUUCAGCUUCCGGUUUUUAAGUCUAUAUAGGGCGAUAUUUUUAUUACUCGCAGUCUGUUGUUUGUUUUCUUCAAAGUCUAUUCCUUUUCACGUGAUCAAGCGUGCGCUUGAGUGCACUUCUGGUUAACCUGCCGUGGAUGUGUGAGGCAAUGUCCAAAUAGUUUUCAGACGGACAGUCCUUUACAUCCUUCAGAACAGAGAAUAAAGGGUCGUGAAUCUUUCAGAAUCAGGGUGAUGUAGGGCUGGGAGGUAAGUACUAGGAAGUAGGUGUUCAUGCUGUACUCGGAGAAUGUUCUAGACGUGCAUCAAAUGUAUUCUGCCGAGCUCAGUAGUGUUUCUAAGAACGUCCACCGGCUAGGUGUGCCAUAGUACCAGCAAAUGAAGCCCUUAGCCUCUCAGAUGUGGGGAAACAUUCUGUAAAUGUGUAUAGUCAUCCAAAAUUUCACAACAGUGAGCUCGUUGGUUCAUAUCUGCUUCCACCAUGACAGCAAAAAGAGAUCGUUAGAUUAUUUCUUGAUGUUUUAGGUCAUUUUUAUCUUUUUUCUAGUUGUCCUUGGUUUUAAUGGAAAAUAACCCAAGACAAAGUAGUGGUUGAGGCAAAACUGAAAACACUGUGGGUCUUUUGUUCCCCUUCUAUAGUUAUACACAGUGGUAGUCUUUCUAUAUUCACACAGAUUUUUGAAGCGCCUGGUGAAGUCACUGUCGUAGGACUAAGGUCAGAGUUGACCCCGGAUGUUUCUGUUUCACCGGACAGCUAGGUAAAAGUAUUCCCCACUCAUCCCUCCUAUCUUCAGUUCACUCGACACAACUUGUUUGCCGUUUUCCCCACCCACCCUUUGUGUUGACACAACACUGCUCCUUGGACUUUACACCCACCAUCCCCCACCACCACCACCACCACCACUCCUCACCCUACAGUCGUGUUUAUAAAACACUACUCCCUCGUCAUAACCACUCAGUCGUUGUGUUUACACAACACUACUCCAUUGCCAUUACGUCUGGUCCCUUCCUCCCUCCCACACACACCACCACCACCACUCACACCAUUGUUUCAGUCUGACUGUUUUGGCACUUUCAGUAGAUGUUUGGAAUCUACACAAUGUUAAUAACAAUUAUUUCUUUUUUGUGUACACCACUGGUGGACUUCUAGUACCUGUGUGCGGUGAUGAUUUGUCUUCUGAACAUAACACAGACCCAUGCACGCACACAGGCACGUGCGCCACACACACACAUACACGAUCUCACCCAUUGAAAAAAGAAACAUUUAUCCUUUGCUUGCCGACACACUGUGGUCACCGUUCACCUCUGUCGUGUGUUGCCAUGAGAACAUGGGUGCUGUAGACUGAACCCCUCCUACCCUCCUCUCCACCCCGCUCUCUCACGGCCUUAUGAAGCAGUUCACCAAGCCUGACAAGACUAUGUACACUCUUCAGCAUCAUCUCAUCGCUCGUAUGGUCACAACGGCAUUUUCAGUUAUCAGUCGGAGUAGAAUGUUACCUGGGCCAUCCUAAGUUGAGGUCCUCAAUAAAUUAUUAUAUAAUUUUAUUAACGUCAUCUCCUUGUGGUUCUGUUGUUAGUAGAGAUUUUUUUUUUCUUACACUGAAUUGCAUUCGAAAGGUAACUUUGCAAAUGGGUCUUUAUUUUGAUAUUGUACAUUCACUUCAUUUUGGAUGUUAAAUGCACGACGUGAGAUAAUGUAUUUGAGAUCAGGGAGUACAUUUUUAUAUGAGAAAACUCUUUAAAAGGUUGAAAAAAUCACGCUGUUCCUGUC